AUGGACGCCGCACCGACCGAUGCUGCCAAUGUUGGCGGCAGCACCAGCACGGCAUCCGCAGCCACCUCUUCAUCACCCAACAGCACCGAGCUCAUGAUCGCGCUCUCCCAGAUCCAACAGCUCAUCCCACUUCUCGACUAUCGACCAGGCGGGCUAACCCACCUGCUCCCCACCCUCUUGACGCCACUUUUGCCCGUGCAAGAAGCCGUGCCUGGCGAAAGCAUGCAACGCUACCGUGCGAAUGUGGACCACGCAUUUCGCGUAGCGAGCGAGCUGGUGGGGAGAGUGCAGGACGGCGCCUCGGUCGGGAGCGCGCUCCAGCUGGCAGAGAGGCUGAUGCAGCAGGGAGAUGAAAGCGCGAGGCUGUUGAGGGUAAGGAAAAAGAGGAGGCUCUUUGUCGAGCAGGAAAAGGUGCUCGAGGUCAAUACUUGGGGGCCACCAGUCCCACCACGGUAUACAGCGGUUGCCAAGCCACCAUCCGGCACGGACAAGAGCGAAGAGGCGCAGCAAGAAAAGUCGAAAGAGGACGUCGACAUCUCUGCCUUCCUGCCCUCACAAAACCCUCCCAACACCAUCCUCUCCACACAGCAGCAGAACAUUCCACCACCGACCACACCCCAAGCUGUGCAGAGCUACCUCGCCGCGCUGCGCAGCUACCUCAAAACCACCGUCGACAAAGGGCUCUUCCCGCCAACGGUGCAGCUCAAACACAUCAAGGCCCGCAUCGUCACCUUCACACCAGAAGCGUUCACGCUAGAAGUCCAAGUGGCCCAGCUGGUCAAAGCGCUCGUCGACGCUUCUGUCUCGUACGCUCCUCGAUCCAGCUCCGAGUCAGCAGAGACGGCAGAAACACCAGAGGCAGAGCUCAAGACCGUUGAGUUGGCAGCGCUCACUCUGGGUGCGGUCGCCGAAUCAAUCUCUUCGACAACUCCAAGCGCAUAUCCCAUCUUCCGUUCUCUAUCCGCCGAUGUUCUCACUCAAACACAUCGAGCCGUCUCUUCCGCUCGUUCAUUAGGCACGGUCACAAACGCGUGGACAGCAUACAAGCCAAUCACAGAGACGAUCGCACGCGUCAUACUUGUUGCCGCGCAGUUCCAAGCGUAG